UAGUCCGACCGUUAGGGUAGUCCGACCGGGAAUAAAAACCCAUGAAUGUUGUGUGCCAUUUGAGAAGCUGGUUGAGCUAUUCGUCUUUUCUUUUGUAGUUUGAAAAUCAUGUCAAGACGAAGCCACCACAGUGACUCCAGCAGCGACGACCUCCCAUUGCCGAAACGGCCCAAGACUCGCAGAAAUAGAACCACUGUCGUCGAUCGAAUGAGCAUGUUGCCAGACUCUCUACUCAUUCACAUUCUUUCUUUCUUACCAACCAUCGAAGACGCCAUCAAAACCGAAGUCUUGUCCAAAAGAUGGCAAUACCUUUGGACUUCCCUUCCAUCACUCCUUUUCUCUUACCCUGAUAUCGGUGAAGAUUUUGACUACUGGGAAAGAAUUGCUGACUUUGUAGCAUUUGUUGACAAAACCCUAGUUCUCUGUAAUUGUUCUAAGCUCAAGAAAUUCGUGGUUGAAUUCGAAUACGACUCGCGUUUUGCUUCCAAUGUCAACUUGUGGACUCGCUUCGCAGCAAGGAAUGCCACUGAGGAGCUUCAACUCCAAUUCUACACUGCUGCCGAAGGUUUGAAGGAGGAAGAUCGUUUCGUGUUGCCACAGCUUUUGUUUACCAAUUCAUCCUUCAGAGAAUUGAGAUUUUGUUUUUGCAGUGUCGUGCCUAAACGAGUUGUUGACUGGAAAUUACUAAAGAAAUUGUCAAUUGGGUAUGUUGAGUUAAGUGAUGAUGUGAUUCAGAAGAUAUUAGAGGGUACUCCUGUAUUGGAGAUUUUUGACUUGUAUUACUUUUAUGGCUUCACUUGUUUGCAUGUUAAUCAACCAAGUCUGAAAAAAUUGAUCCUAAGAAGAUUUUGGUAUUCUCGAUUUUGGGAUUCUAUAGAAGAUGAAGAAGGUGGAAUUGAUAAUGAACAUGACUUUACGAUUGAAAUUUCAGCUUCCCAUCUUCAGUCAUUGGAGAUUUCAGGUUCUUUUUGGAUAAUGUGUUGUCUGUUGGCAGACGUAUCAUCUUUGGCUGACGCUACCCUCAAUUGUAAUUUCGAGUGUUAUGAUGAUCAUUGCCAUCAUGACUAUGAAUGGUACCAAAAUAUUUUAAGACUACUUCUUCGGCACCUUGUUCAUGUGAAGAAACUCACAUUAGGUUCUUGGGUUUUACAGCUACUAUCAAUAAUGGAAAUGAAAGGUUUGCGUUCUCCACUUUCAAAGUGUGAAUGUUUAACACUAGAUACACAUAUUGAGGAAUCAGUCCUCGCUGGAAUAGCAAACAUCUUGGAAAGUUCUUCUCAUCUAGAGACAUUAGUCAUAACCAUGUCCCCUUCCAUGAAUGAUGAGUAUUCUUAUAACGAUCUCUCCCAACCUUUCAAUUUUAACGGGGAGCAUUACUGGACAUCACAGAAGAAGGUUUUUAAGUGUUUGAUGAUGCAUCUGAAGAUAGUUAAGUUUGCUGGUUUAGGAUGGAAUUGCUGUGACUUCUACUUCUCAUUUGUGCAAUUUCUGCUGAAGAAUUCAAGGGUGCUGCAAAAGAUGGUUAUCAAGGUAGACUGUAUACCACUGAAGGAACAUUUCCAAGCAGCUCAAAGGCUUUUAAGUUUUCCAAGAUCCUCAUCCGAUGCAGUUAUUAUGUUCAAUUAGUGAAAUGGACAACUCAAGUAGAAACAGAGUGUUUUUCUUUUCCUAGGAUUAUUUUGUUCUGUUUGUCUUUUGAAGUAGUCUAUCACUGGAUGUAAUUGUCUUGGGGUCGCACUUUAUAAACCGUGCUAUGUAUGAAGAUUAUCUAAUUUCACUAGGUUUUUGAACAUGCACUUGUUUCUGUUCAUUUGGAAGUUUGUGCAAGUGGUGUGGAGUUGAAGUUGAUCCUAACUGCUUGGAGUGGUUAAUAACCAACACUAAAAUCUAGUAAAUUUUUGUUGAAA